UUGUUGUAACAAGCAUGAUCCUGCACACGGUCCUCAAGCAAUUCUGCUCAUUUAGAUAGUUCAAUUUAUUCUGGACACAUGUAGACAAACUUUGAACAUUUAACAAAUAAAUAAUUAUUUAAUUGCCAACAAUUAAGAAAUAUAGAAGUAUUUGUAGAAAUACUCAACGAUUUAGAAACAAUAAUUAUCUAUAUAUCUAUACCAUCAUGACCGACGACAUUGAACGGAAUAUCUCUCAAAAGUCAGUCUUUGAAAAUCAGGAAAUCCUCACAAAAAUCCUGUCGAACGUUCGUCCCCAAUUACAAGACUACCGUCUCGUGUGCAGAACUUGGAAUGAUGUCAUCGUCCUUCGCCUUCUUCCAAAACGUGUCAAGUUGUCCUUCAACUUCGAACCACGCUCUUAUGUCAAUCGUCGCUCACAUUUUGAAGCUCAAGUUGUUCGUGUACAAAAUUUGCGCAUUCAAAAUUUCUGCGUCAUGCUCUCUCCCAGGAACCUGCCCAGGGAAGCCAUCACAGAUAUUAAUUGGUUCAUGAGCAACUUUGGGGCCCAAAUGAAAUCUGUCGACCUUACCUUCUGGCUAAUAAAUCCAGCCAGCUAUGUCAUGUUGGGAAAUAUUUGUAAAAAGUUGGUCUCAAUUGAAGAAAUGAUUUUGAAAGUUACAAUUUCUCAUGAUUUAUCAAAAUGGCCUGGGCCGUUGGAACCUGUGAAAAAAGUAGGAUUCAAAACUGUCGAUCUUUCAAAAGGAUGUGUAGAGCAACCGCUUGUACUGAAUUUAAUGAAGCUUUUCCCAAACGCGGAGAGAUUAACGAUAUUUCCUCCAAAAUUUUGUUGCCAUGCUUACUCCUGCUUAAGUCGAGGUUUAAUACAACUCCCAAAACUUCGAGAAGCCCAUCUCUGGUUGGACGAGGGUUCUGUGGAGAAGAGCGUCAAGAUUUUGGAUGGUUUGGCCCUACUUUCGAAUAAUUUAGAAAGAUUAGAAUUGGAGUACUUUCCUGGUUUCGAGAAGAAAUUAGGGACAGCUUUGGAAAAAGUCCUCACAAGAUAUGGACCUAGUCUGAGGGUGCUGAGAUUAGGGGGAUUAAAAGGGGCGACAAAUACCAAUGAUGACGAACCCGUUCAGCUUUGUUUUCCAAGGUUUCCAAUGUUGAGACGUUUCAAGAUAUGCGUUGACUAUGGGGGACAAUUAGCAGCGACAGAAGCACAACUAAAGUUCAAGUUUCCAUCAGAUAAAAUUAUUACGUACGCGAAUGACUUCCCAAUGCUAGAAGAUUUGGAGAUUGACACAGAUUUUGGAGAAACAGGUCCACCUUCUGACCCAUUUCCGGGAUAUGUUGCCGAAGCAUUUCUUCCAAAUGUUGUCAUGAUUAAAAGGAAUACAUGUGUAAAGAUAAAACGGGCAGAAUUCAAUAUUCCUGAAGAAUGGAUGCAAACGAGGAAUGCAAGUUGGGGGAAGACAUUUUUAGAAAAAUUUCAGCAUGCCUUUCCCAAUGCAAGUCUAAUACCGAUGGAAAAAUUGGUUGCAUGGAUAGGUCGUGAGAGAAUUUAAUUUAAGCAUUGCUAAUUAGUUCUUACUAGUAUAAUUAGUGCAUAUUUAUUUUAAGAAAAUUAAUUUUUGUCGAUAAUAAAUAAAACAAGCCUUUAAAUUCAAUAAAUACAUUACUUAUUUGCAAAAUAGUGGAAAAUGGAAGCUAUAAAAUUCUGACCGUCUUGAAUUUAGUUGAGACGACAAGAUGAGACACGGUCAGACUUGCCAAAUCUUGAAUAGCAAUAAGAAAGAAGUGCGUACAUAGGUGGGAAGCUGGAUAACUCCGAGAAACUGAGCAAGCAGCCACCAACCAACAAUCCAGCCAGCAUUAUUUAGAAAAAGUUCAAAUGUUAAAAUGUGACAGUUUUACAUCGCCAGGACUCAGAUUUCUCUGCUUUUCAGCCUCAGAUGGCGACUUCUUGCCAUAAUUUCGUAGCAAGUUGUCUCAUCCCCACAGAGAACGGACUCUGCUAGGGGCUGUACACAGUGACAUUGCCAUUCCGUAUGGCUGGGCUCACCCUGUCACGAGACAGCACCUACCCCGUACUAACACCGAGCCGAGUAGGAUUAGCAAUAGCUUCCCGGCCAGAGGAAUCGAACGUGUGACUGCGUGGUGACAAUCCUACCCUCGUACCUCUGAGCCAUAGGGCCUUGCCUAGUCUUCACAGAUUUAUUUUAUCCGGUUGAAUGGACUGAGAAUUGAUAAUUGUUUUAUCGGUAUCGGUGUGAAUAAGUCACCAUAAUCUUACUACAUACUUUCGUCACUUUGAAACUUUGUCAACAUGCUGGUGAAGCAUUUGCGGAAGGAAUUUUACGAACUUCUCUUCGGAAAGAGAGUCCUCAUCAUUGCCAAUUCCGACAUUGAUUCCGUCUGUACUGUCAAAAUAUUUACGGAAUUGCUGAAAAUUGAUGGAAUCUCGUUCUCCUUGUGUCCUGUGGAUGGAAUUACUGACAUGAAACAGGCAUAUUCUGAUUAUUGUGAGACGGUGAAUGUCUUUGUUCUCAUCAACUGCGGCAUUUCUCUGGAUAUUCGAGAUUUCUUUGACAACCUGAACAAUAAACUCGUCUUCGUUUUGGAUUGUCAUCGCCCAGUGCAUGUCAACAACUUUUAUGAUGAAACCAAUCAGAUUCGCAUCCUGUCGCUGGACGGUAAUUUUGACGAAGUGCCUAAUUUUGAUGAUCUGUUUUGGUCGGGUGAGGCCCUCGACUCCGAUGAUGAUGGUAACGACGACGAUUCUGAUAUCUUGGACAAGGGAGAAAGCGACGAUGAAGAUGGAUCGCAACGCCGUGGAAGAAACCCAAAACGUCGUCGCAAUGAACAUGACAAAGAGCGAAGGCAGAUGAUAUGGAAGCAGAAGAGGAACGAAUUGUUGUUUAAAUACACACAAUUUGGCUACUAUGCUCCCCCGUCAUCCCUGGUUGCACUCGAGCUGUCGUGGGCAAUUUCUCGAGGUGAUAUUCAAUACGUGUGGUGGACCACGGUUGCCUUAACCGAUGCGUUUCUUCUGGAGAAACUUCCACGAUCUGAUCUGCACAUUGCACGAGAAGCAAGUUCAACGGAGACACCGAGGGAUUGUCUGAAAGUAAACUUCGAAAAAGACUUGUGCUUCUUACUGUAUCGCCACUGGAAUUUGUACGAUAGCAUCAAAAUGACGACACACUCGGCUUGUAUGUUAAAGUCAUGGGGUAUGAAAGGAGAAGGAAGGUUUCACGAGAUGUUGGGAGAGUUGGGACUUCCACAACUUGAGUGUCAUCAAAAGUAUACAUCAAUGGACGUUCGACUGCGGAAAAAGGUCAAGAAUGUAUUCAAUGAACCAGUUCUCCGAGAAAAGUACAAUUUCCAAGACGUUACUGUGGGCACAUUCAUCUCAGAAAUUGGUUUUCGACCAGCGCUCAGUGAAUUUGAUUGUCAGCUGGCAUGUCUUUCCUUGUUGGAAAACCCAGUGUUGUAUGGGAGUGGAAAUGUGGUGGACAAUUUUUUGGAUGAGCAAUGGAUGAGCAUGAGCAAAUAUCCUCUAUAAGAGGUGUCGCGAUUUAUUGAAAGAUAACCAUUCAAAUCUUGCAAGUUUAAUAUACAAAUACAUAUUACGUAUUUCGUAUAAUUGUUCCACAUGCUUGAAAGUAUAACUUUUUUCCUGUGUUAGUUGGGCCCACGGUGAAUUAAAAGUUAAUAAAUAUUAAACGAUUUAUGA